UGGCUGUUUGAUUUCAACCGGUCUUCAGUACACAUGGACAUUUGUGUCUGUUUGUGAUGAUUGUCAUGUUCGCAUCAACAUUUAAGCUGCCUCCAAGACCUGGACAGCAACGAAAUAAAAGCUUCCUGCUUCGAUGUCAUGUCUCUCAUUUAUAACAGUUCUUCCCAGAGGAUAAAACAAAAUAGUAAUCUUUAAACGCAGUAGUGACUAGUCUUGCAUCCCACAACACUGUUUUUCCCCCAGUAACAUUUUAGGUUAUUUUAGCAACAAUAAAUCGUUCUGUUAUUGUUGCUAAGGAAAAAAAGCUAUAUAUUCACUGUUUACACAUUGUUUAUAAAAAAAAUAAUAUAUCGUUACUUUAUAUAAAUCAAUUAUGUAUUUUUGGAACAGUCUAUCGAGCAAAUAUUUAGCUAUUAACUUCGUCUUCCUUUUGGUUUCUGUGUAUGCUUCCACCAAAGAGGAGGAUCCGAUGAUAAAAAAAUGUGAAGCUUGUCGUAAUAUCGAAGAGCGGUAUCGAGAGGGUUUAAAAAGAACUGCAAAAGGUAACUAUGGAGGUGGUAACACCAACUGGGAAGAAAAUAAGCUUGGAAGUUAUGCUCUAAGUGAAACGCGUAUGACAGAAAUAUUAGAAUAUUUAUACAAAAUAGAAGAUAAAACAGCUCACAGCUUAUUGGAACAGUUUGAAGAUAGGAUUGAAAAUUUCUGGUUUAAGCAUUUUGUGAAAAAGACCCGUGUAGAUUUCUUUCAAUAUUUCUGUAUAACAAAUGCUAAAGUUUGUUGUCCAAAGAACACAUAUGGACCUACUUGUCAGCCUUGUCAUGGAGGAAAAGAGAGACCAUGCAAAAAGAGGGGCAAAUGCAUUGGUGAGGGUACCCGAGGUGGCAGUGGAAAGUGUAAUUGUACAGAUGGUUACGUUGGAGAAUUAUGUGAUGAGUGCGAUGUUGGUUUUUACUUAGGAUACAAAAAUGAGACACACACAGUGUGCCACCUAUGUCACAAAGCUUGCAAGACAUCUUGCACAGACAACACACCUUUUACCUGUGAUGAAUGUGGUCAGGGCUGGAAGUAUUCAGAUGAAUAUGGGUGUGAUGAUAUUAAUGAAUGUAGUUUGGGUAACCCAUGCAAUGGUAAUUUCCGGUGUAAAAAUACAGUUGGUUGGUACGAAUGUCAUCGGUGUGAUCUUUCUUGUGAUGGCUGUACUGGAAAUGGUCCAGAAAAAUGCAUUCGAUGUGCUGAUGGCUAUCGUCCAGUGGAUGGUAAAUGUUCUGACAUUGAUGAAUGUGCUGAGAAUACCGACGACUGUGACACAGAAGUAAGUACCUGUGAAAACCUAGAAGGAAAAUAUACAUGCAAAUGCAAUGAAGGAUACGUCCAAGACAAAAACAAAGAUUGUAUAAAGAAACUUAAAGAUAUUUCCUUAAAAAAGAAGAAAUCCAAAAAGUCUGAAGAGGGUAAUGAUAAAAGGGGUCUGCUGGUUUAUUUUUUCAUUCUUACGGGGAUCGGAACGAUGGGUCGGUUGAUGCAUGGUUAUCCCCCCGCGGUUGCUAUUAUUCUGCUUUGGCUUGGGGGAUACACCUUUUGGUUUGGGUCAGAAAACGAUUCUCUUUGAUUCCGUAUGUUUCACAGUGAGUGCUUAGUGUAAAAGUGUGUGUGUCUGCGUGCACAAAACCGAAAGAAAUUGUAAUUAUUUAAAAGAACCUUCUCUGUUCCAGUUCUUUCAAAGCAAAUCUCUCUAACGAGCUUUUUAUGGAUAGAGCAAAUGUGCAAUGAAUAAUUGACCGCAGGAGGAAGGGUUUCUCUCCUGGAAACUGUUUCAUUUAUUCUUGUUCCAUCGAUGAAAACCGUUUACAAGCUACCACUUGCACUGUAUAUAUUUACUACAUUCUUUCUCUGUAGCAUUACCAGGGAAGGGUAAAAGCCCUAAAGGCGUUUGGGGUCCCUUCGUGAUGAAGACUACAAAUCAAGUUAAUACGAACUGAGUCUAACUCUGUACAGGCUGCACCAACUAAUGACUAUAUCAAAGGCAGCAAAUGUUCAUACUCAACUUUUUUAAUAUCUCGAGGGGAAAGUUUCCCCCUGUUUUAUUUCAUUUCCUAUUAAUCAUAUUCUUUUGCACUCAUUUUUAAAAAAUGUAGUCGAAUGAGACAAUGACUCCUAAGUAAUUGAUCGAUGAAGAAAUGUCAUUGAUCUCUGUGUAAUGUCUUACAAUAUGUAAAAAAAAAAAUCUAAUUAAUUCUGUCACACCUUUAUUGGCUCCAGCCAAAAGGUAAGCUCCAGCACCAAAAUAUUCCAAAUUACACCUUCGAUUCUUACACAUGAUAAUUGAAAGAAUUCUAUCAUUAUAUAUGCUAGAUCUGCUGCCGGCAUUUUUAUUCAUUACUGAGUGUUUUAAUUAACUCAGUAUGAUCUGACUAAUUAAAAUGUUAAUCUCUCACCGAAAUACAAAUAUUUGGAGAAUGAUGUUUACCACAAAAGCUAAAUGAAAGUUAUUACUGUCCAGUUUUAAGACACAUGUUUUUUUUUUUUUGUGAUUUGUCUUAUGUAAUAUGAUUGAAGUCUGAAUUAUACAGAUUUUAAUUAUUAUUUUAAUUGUAUACUUGGUUCUUGUUAAGAUAAGUUAUAGUGAGGGUUAACAGGAACAUAUUUUUUUGUAAGUCAACUGACAACUAUAAUACUGAAUCAAUGAAAUUACCAAAAAUCAUGAAUGCAAACUGCAAAGAAUUUUAUUUUUCCAAAGUAUAACACUCUCUUUGAACUGUUUCAUACACACGCAAAGGAGACGCACUGAAUUUUGAAAAUGACUUUUACAUCAUUUUCAUAAAAAAUUUUGAUUUUUUUUUUACUCAUAUUUUUUUUAACUACCUGGUAUAAUUUGAUACUAACAGUAUUUGAUUUACUUAUACUAAACCCAAUCUACUAAAGAUGUAAUUAAUUAAAAAUCAUUAACCCAUUAAUGCACACAAUUUAAUUUUCAUUAAAUGA